UCUAAAUCUUAUAAUUUACUAUUUAAUAAAUAUAUAAGAAUAUAAUCUUAAAAGAAGUCUUUUGAAAGUUCUUUUAAAAGAAUUUUAAAUUAUCGAAUUUAUGGGCUUUCAUCAGCCCAAACAGUCCAACCAUCAAUAAAAUCUUUUUUAUUUUCAAAACGAAUAUCUUUUUUUAACCACUUUUAGAAUUCUUUUAAUUUAUAUUAAUUAUUCCCUAGACUUCUUAAAGCUUUUUAUGUAAAAUGAGUAUGAAAGUUAACAAAUUUUCUGAAAAUAUUCCCGAAAUUUUUAAAAAUAUUUCUAUGUCUGCAUUAUUAAUAUUUACUUCUUCCUUUAUUUCUUACAGGCCAUUCAGUUUUAUGCCUUGUAUGACUUUCUAAAUUGUCAUCUUCAUGAUCAUUAUGAUUUUAUAGAUUUUCAUCUUUGCUUUUUUCUUGUUUUUCAAUUAUUGUGUCUAUUUGUUAUUUCUGUAAGAAAUUGUUAUUUGUAUUUUAUCUUUACAAAUCACUAAAAAUAUAAUUAUUAUUGUUUAUUUAUUAUUAAGAAUAUGCUGGGUUAAAAUAUUAAUUAUUUCCAAAAAAAUAUGGAUUUUAAUAUUAUUCUAAAUUAAAAUUAUUAUUAUUAUUUAUCAAAAAUUGCUAAUUAUUAUAAUUAUCUAAACCAUUAUAAUAAUACUGUCUAUGCCCACCAAUUUAUUAUUGUUAUUUUUAUGUAUUGUAUAAAGGAAAUUAUUAGUUUUAGAAGUCAAAAUUUUAUUCUUCUUUUUAUAAUGAUGCCAAUUUUUUCAUUUCUAAACUUUAAUUUAUGCUAUUGUUUAUAGAUAGUUUUGGCUAUAAUUAAGUUAAAGUAUAGU